AUGUUGAUCUACUCUGAUAGUUGUGUGAUACACAAUGUCACCUAUGCAGAACAAAUGUGUACUAUUGCCAUAGGAAAACUGAGGAAGGUUGCACUGGCUUACUUACAGGAUGUAUUACAGAACAUCUAUAAUGUUAGGGUGAAAAUUGAUAGUCAGACCAAGCCAUUUCGUUCUGAGAGGGAACUUCCGGUGAGAACGGCUGUUGACUUCAGUAACGUUAAAAACCAUGUAUGCGAGAGACUAAAAUACAUCUUCCCAGGUCAGGAGAAGUGUGAAGGUCCAUUCUGGGAGAUAUGCGAGAGUAUGAUCGAGACAAAGAACGUCAAGUCUAUCAUAGCACAAGUGGAGAAGGCCGGGAAGGAGGCAACCAAGGUGAUUCAAUCCUGGGGGGUAGAAAACGAGCUGUACGUCGGCAUGAUUCCGACCCCUCAGGAGGUGUCCCUGUUCGAGGCGACAAUUGACGAGGCCAUGAAUAAAGUAUACCUUCACUGGGACAAGGAUACUCUGUCAAAUGACUUUAUGGCUUCUGUAACCAAGAUGGCACAGCUUCUCCGUGACCAGAGGCGACAACCAACCCCAGUGGAAUAUUUCGCCUUCCAGUUGGCUUACUAUAGCCUGUCGCACGGAUCCCAGGGGCACCACCACAACGCACGUGGAUUGGGAACUUCAGGGUUCCGACCCACCACACAGACGUACAUGUCCCUCACUGACCCCGGAGAGGGCCAUGUGCUAGGUACUACACGUUUUAACGAGUGGAUGGAAGGUGCCAUCGUCCACGUGGAACAUUUAGAACGUCCUCGAAAUUUGCCAAGAGAGAACAUUGAAUCAUAUAGGAUUCCGUCCAUGCUUGACUUCUCCAAAGUCAGAUUGCAUGUUGGUACUAGUGCCCCGACUACAUACUUUGUUGGGCGACGGGUAAAAGAUUCUGGAAAUUUUGAUGAGGAUUUCUUGAAGCUGGUCAAUAUCACUGCAGCCUCUGCCACAGCGGCAUUUUUCCAGGGAGCGGCAGAAUGCAAGGUGUCCAUGGAAGGACUGAGCACUUCACAGGCUGUACGCUACAUGCAAUCACUCCGCGGACAGGUUCAAAGGAACCGGAAACAAUUUUUGUCAGCAGCAUGGAAUCUUAACCAGAUAAUCACAGAUGACUAUGAAGAGACAUCUCCCAUUACUUUGAAUGAGAGGAUGGCUAUUGCUACCAGAGCCAUCGAAAUUACUUCUAUUGGUGGAUUUGAUAAGGUCACGUGGGACGGGGCUAGCGAUACCUACCCUUCUAAGUGCAUCAUGUACCAGUUGAAAUUUGAAGAAGCUCUCACAAUCGUUCAUGAGGCUCAUAUCAGAGGACUUGUCACCUAUUUUUCCGCUGGUUUUAAAUUCAACGAAAUCAAACAUGCCGUUUAUGCCGGAGUAGAUGGAAUCGGUAUCGGUGGCGCACAAGUGCUCAGAUUCAUGGACGGACAGACAGGUAUGCACGGCCCUUACACAGAGGAAAACAUCCCCAGGAUUCUGGAAAGUCGCAACGAUGCCGCCAACUCCAUACGUGGAAGAGGGGUCAAGCUCCUUGCCCGACUAGACACAAUGUAUUUUGAAGGCUCAAUCACCAAAGAGUAUGAUGACCUCCGGGAACAGCUGUUCUCGGCUCUCAAAUCCAUCGACGAGACUCGCAUCACAGAACUUCUGAAGCAGCUUUCAGAAGUAGAAAACAUGCCAGCCGAAGGCAAUUCGCCAUUGAUUGGAAGGGCUAGACGUCUUGUGAACAGUAAUGACCCAUUUUUGAAGCUGCACUCAGAGUCUGAGGAGCAAUGGGCAUCACUGAAAAAACUCCUGACCAGCCUCAUCAUCGCCAAAGACGAAGACUCCGUGGCAGAGGAAUACGAUAGUGAUUCAUGGCUCGUCAUGCGCAAACGCUACCGGAAGAAGCAAUGGGAAGACAAUCGUUGUAUCACCCGACAGACCUCGUUCGACGUCACGUGUAAAUCCUUUCAGAAUUAAAGCAGUAUCGGUGAGAUACUAUUACUCUGACAUUAAUACAUACAUUGUUGUAUGGUAUUCUUAACCUGAUCUCGCAAUGCCUUGCUUACAAUAUUUUUUGUGGUAAAGUCGACAGUGAUCCCCCGUAAAAUGUGCGCUAUAGGGAACCAAGGUGGCAUCAUUAUCA